CACAGUGGUCACAGUCUUUAGGGUCUUUAGCGUCGUUAAUGACUUAUAUGAGAUUUCGAGCGAGGGAGUUAAUUUUAUUCCUGUUUUCCCAUUUCUGCAGUGUGCGUGUAGUGUGAAUAUAUUUAGAUUGGUGUAUCCUGUUAAGUCUGAAGAUGGCACUUCCAUCUAAUUACAAGGCUAUAGCAGCAGCAUCACCAGCUCCUGCACCAGGCAGUCAUUUGCUGUCAGCUGGUGCUCCUAUGACUUUCAACAUUUUGAAAGAACGUUUGCGAGCAUCAAGCGCAUCCAGUUCUUCUUCUGGAUCAGGGAAAGAUUCAUCAGCCAACCAGAGCCCAUUUAUGACAACAUCUCAUGGCCAUCCAGGCUUUACCCCUCAGAAAGUUGGAAAAGGAUCGAGUGGAGACACGAGGGUGCCAAAACCACCUAAACCACCAGAGAAACCUCUUAUGCCAUACAUGCGUUACAGUCGCAAAGUCUGGGAUCAGGUGAAAGCACAGAAUCCAGAGUUGAAGCUAUGGGAGAUUGGGAAGAUAAUUGGACAAAUGUGGCGUGACUUGCCAGAAGAAGAUAAGACUGAGUAUGUAGAGGAGUAUGAGGCAGAGAAGUUAGAGUAUGAGAAGAACUUGAAAGUUUACCACAACUCACCUGCCUAUGUGGCAUACAUUGCUGCGAAGACCCGUGGUAAGUCGGCCCAGGCAGCAGCAGAAGACAGGGAAGCCCAUGAACGGUCAUCUGCUGGAUCAGGAAAGCCUGCAGAUCGGCGUAUAGACAUCCAACCUGCAGAGGAUGAAGAAGACCAAGAUGAUGGUUACUCAGUGAAGCAUGUGGCGUAUGCUCGCUAUCUUCGAAACCAUCGGCUCAUUAAUGAAAUAUUCUCUGAUGCUGUUGUCCCAGAUGUCCGGUCUGUGGUGACAACAGCGCGGAUGCAAGUUCUGAAGAGACAGGUGCAGUCUCUCACCAUGCAUCAGAAGAAACUGGAGGCUGAAUUACAGCAGAUUGAGGAGAAGUUUGAAGCAAAGAAAAGGAAAUUCAUUGAGAGCAGUGAACAGUUUCAAGAAGAAUUAAAGAAGCAUUGUGUACGAGCCGUGGAUGAUGAGGCAUUUCAGCGCAUGGUGGAACGUCAGUAUGAACUUCUGCGCAAGGAACGAACCAAGGAUUGCUCUGAUGAUGAUAAGUCUCGUCCAUCUGAUGACUCAGGCCAACAGCAGCAGCCCACACAAGCAGAACCAGUGGUUACAUCAGCAGAUGACUCUCAGCCUCCAACAGAGAUGAUGGAAGUUCAGCAGAAUGGCGAAGUAGAACAGCAUACACUGAAUCACAAUGGAACUAGUGCCAUGAUUGCUGCCACUAAGCAGACAGAAUCUGGAGCCCAGAAGGGUGUGUCACCUACUCCAAUGCCAUUGCCUGGAACAGGACCUUUUCCUCGAUCAUCCACCCCUCAGCCUCCCUCCACUGUGCCACCACUACCACAGCAACCACCUCCACACCUUCACAUGCCAACACAACAAUCUAUGAUGCCCCCAGGAUCACAGGGUCCUUACCAACAAUAUCCUCCAAGCACUGGGCCUGGCACAGGCAGCCAACCCCCACAAACUGUCCCUCUCCCACCCAGACCCCCUGUCCCACAUCCGCAGUACCCUCCGUAUCAGCAGCAACAGCAGGCUUACCACCAACCUUACUCACAGUAUCCUCCACAUCCGCAUGCACCACAUCCUUAUUAUCAGCCAUACCAGUACCAUGUGCCUCGCCAUUACCACCCACAGCAGCAUACAGCUGAUAAUGCUCACCAGGGUGUUGAUGGAACUGGACCAUAUGGGCCAAACCCAGAUCUAGAUCGUCCACCGAUGGAUGAUUCUGGGAUUGGACCUGACCCUUCAGGUCCUGAUAAUGCAAAAUCUUCACAUGCCAUGACGUCAGUUGAAAGCAAUAGUUCGAUGAUAUGGCCGAUCAUCGUCAGCAGUGUCCAAGAGCACAUUUGUAGUGAUGAAUUGGACAGAAUUUAUUGAACUGUGAUUUUCUGGCUGCUGGGCUGAUAAAUAAAUGGACAUCUGAUCUUCAAAGGGACUUAUGGUUUAGUUUACACAGUUAAUCUAAUUAUAGUACGCUUCCUGAAAAAUCAGAAAAUUAGAGUGUUUAAAUAAACAAAAACUACCGAACUGAAGUGUUCAAGAACACACAGGAAAACACUGAUCAGGGUUGGUUGAGCAUUGAUGACAUUAGCCAGUUGGCGUCUGAAAUUAUUCAUAACACCAAGGAAUAGAUAUUCUCCAAAGUAGGAGGACAUUGUCUACAGUGACUGGCCAUUAUCAAAAGUAUGCUAGGGUAGUGGUCUUUGUUAACAGUGGUCGGUUGAUGGAUGUUUAAUGGUGCCCAAUUUCGGUCUUUGACCAUAACAUAUACAUUUUUUCCAUGCACAUUGUAUGUCGAUCUGCAUGCUUUAUCUCUGAAUCUGCUGAGCUGAUAUUUUGUAAAAUUCAAUAUCAGGGGGGUCUGCACCUACAGCUGUAGAACAAAUGUAAUUUAGUUUUGUAUCAGGCCGUAUAACCCCAGCUCUACAUAAAACUUAAGUUAGACUUAAUGAUAUAUAGCAUGAAAUACUGGCCUUACUCAGGUCUGCUACUUUUGUUUGAAAAGCAUUUUGAUGUUGUGGAUAUUUAAGAAGAUACAAGGAUAAACACUUCAGACUGUAAUGUAAUAGCUGUAAGCUGAUUAACUUUGCAGCAAUAAAUUUGUCCAAUAUAUCCUCAUAAUAGAUUUAUAUCUGUAGUAAAUGAUGAGAAGCUACAAAGGUGUACACAAUUGGAAAGAAAAUAUGUAUAAUAAUACACCUUUUCACUCUUUAUCUACUAGUUCCCUUGACACUGCUGUAUUUUCAUUUGCUGUGAGCUUUUUUUAUAAUCACAAGAAAGAAAGGGAAUCAUGCCAAAGGCAGUGAGUAGAUAUGAAUAUUUUCUUCUUGUUUUUUACUUCCUAUUUCUACUGAAAUGGUUUCUUUAUCAGUCAUGUAUAGUAUAGGUAUCCAUUGAUUCACAAAGGUUAUUCAUUCUAUGAAAACUGCUUGUAAGCUGAAAAUUCAUAAAUCAAAAAUUAAAUUCCCAAUACUUUAUAUGUAAAAGCUUCUGCACUUAUUGACCAAAGUUGUUUGUUAUAGCAAGAUAAGUGAAAAAUAGGUUCAAAUUAACUUGCUUAAUUGUAGUGAAAAUUCAUAAAUCAAAUGUUCAUUAAAUGAGGAUACCUGUGUAAUUCUUUAUGUUAUUCACUAUAAAACGAGAAGAUAAACAUAAAUUUCCAAAACACAGCAUACAGUGACUUGAACUUAUAUGCAUUUAACACACCCACUGUUAUUUUAUUUAUGUGGGCUUACAGACUAACACAAGUGGUUUAAGUUGUAAAAACAAACACUUGUUAAGUUCAUGAAUGUGGUGAAAGCCACAUUUAAAAUUUCUUUGGAAAGCAGUGGAUUUGAACAAUAAACUAAGGAGAAUUUUUAUGGAGAAUACUUACCACUGUGAUUAUUGACUUUGGACCAUUUCAGUUGAAUAUUAACUGAGGAAAAACCUUAAAUCAAGAAACAGUAAAUGGGGGGGAGCUGUUUUGAUUCCUGAAAGCUUUUCUAUUAUCUCUUUUAAGAUUUUUUGGCAGUUGGGGAAUAUCUAGGUUUGGAUAUAACAAUUAGGAGUAUGUAUAACAUCAAAAUGCUCAUUUGAGCGAGUGUUAUUGUUCUAGUGACUGUUAAUUUAAAGUGCAUUCAGAUAAGGUUAUGAAUGAAGAAAAUCUAAAAGUAGAUGCACUCUCUAUCUGGCUCCCAGAACUUAAUUAUGGUGGUGAGAGUAGACUUGGGCUUAACCUUUUCCAUGUUAAGUAACACACAUGAAUCAAGCAUUUCCUGAGGUCUAUGUUUUUUUAGAUUUAUAUGGUCUAAAUGGUUGUACUUAAUUUAACAGAAGCAUGCACUUUUUAUAUGACAUCCUACAAGAAAAUGGAGCCUGAAAUACAUGCCGUACCUGUAAGAAUAUUUAUAAUUUAGUGCCAGUCAUGUAAUUUUACAUGUAUCAGUCAGUGUAAUACAUAUACAUGGGAUACCCAAUUUAAGACAAACUUUUUUUUUCAUUUAACAUUACUUUCCAAUGAUUCCAGGUAACUGUUAUAUUGCCCCCACUUAAAUUUGUCUGUAGUUUAGUGUCCAAAUCCACUGUUCCCAUAAAAAAAACAAAUAUUUUACUGUACUCCAUGUGAACCAUUUCUGCAAUAAAAAAAUCAGUGCCAAA